AACACCGAAAGCGCUUUCGCGUAAAAUUGAAUAUUCAUAAGGCCCGCCUUAUCACCGGUUACCGUCUUCCCUUUAGCACUAACCCACAAACAACUGCCCUUGACUCUGCCUGCUCCAGAUACUGGAUGUCGUUUAGCAUUAACCUUGACUUAGGGGCAGGGUACUAAAGGUGUUUGAAAAUGGGCAGCACUGAAAAGUAUACUGAGAGUUAUAGAAGGGUGGAAUGUGAAGAGGAAGACCUUGGUCUGCGAACAGUAGGGGACUGCAUGAAGUAUUUUGCUGAGGUACAAGGUAACAAGUAUGCGGUCAUCUUUGGCGCCACAGUAGAAGCGGACAGGGAAACGGUCACGUGGUUGGAGCUGUAUGAAAACUCGUGCGUCUUCGCGAAGGCGCUGAUCAAUCUAGGCAUAAAACGCGAUGAAAUUGUUGGCAUAAACAUUCGUCCAUGUCCGGAAUGGUUGUACGUAACAUUUGGUUGCAUGUUGGCGGGAAUAAAAGCGGUUGGACUAGCAUUCACGUACACAGACGGAAGUGACCUCAUCGCCAUGAUGAACAAACUGAAGACAUGUAGCAUGCUAGUCCUUGACCCAGGAGCGAGCGGGGAAAAUUGGAAAAUUGUCCAGAGACUGCUAGACGCGUACUCCAAAACCGGAAGAGCUACAUCCAGCAAAAUGUCGUCAGUGCGGUUCCUCCUGGGACACAGGUUUCCUACCUAUGAAAGUAAAGUACGAUCGUUACAAGAGGUUAUGGCAAACGCCCCCACCGACAUUGAAAUCCCUAAAUACGUAAGCCCCGACGAUAUUGCUUUCUUGUUCCAAACGUCAGGUAGCACAGGGUUACCAAAGCUUGUUGCCCACACUCACGCUUCAAUGCUCGGCAUCGGACGCAUGAAGGGAAGUAACUGGCUGAGGAGAGAUGCUGUUCUCUUCAACGAUCGGCCAUUUAAUUGGAUAGGCGGUUUUCCAAUCUCGGUAUUCUGCGGAAAUACGAGAGUGGCCAUUUCCGGGUUUACGGAGCUAGGGACCGACCGACUAUCGGCUGUUAUCGAAAUCAUCACGCGAGAACGAUGUACAGUUGCGCUUGGUCUUCCCCCUAUGAUUCACGCACUCAUCAAACAGGCGGAAGACUUGCCAAAGAACUGGCCGAUUAAAACCUUGUUAACCGGAAGCCAACCAGUGACCAAAGCCCUGACAAAAGCCAUAGGCAAGCCUUGUAAGACCCUGGAAGCUGUUUAUGGAUGCACCGAAUUCUUUCUAAGCAAUUCAUAUCAUCUGACAGACCCGGAUGCUUUUCCAGAGUUCUGCUGUGGUCCGCCAUGGUUGUCUAAUGGUCUACAGGUCAAGGUCGUGAAUAAAGAAGAGGAAACAGUUCCUAUCAACACCAGAGGGGAACUCUGGUUUAAAGGCCCCGUGCUUAUGAAAGAAUACUUUCAUGAUCCCGAGAAAACGGCAAAGGCGAUAACUCCAGAUAUGUGGUUCAAAACAGACGACUUUGCAAUGAUGGAUGAGGAUGGUCUGUUUUAUGUCUUCGGGAGAAUAUCAAACAUGAUCAUUUCUGGAGGAAUGAAUGUGGUGCCGGAAAUUCUAGAAACCGCUAUCAAAGGAUGUCCUGGAAUUGACAAUGUAGUCGUUGUGCCUGUUUCGGACCCGGUUUAUUACCAAUCCAUUUGCGCAUGCGUGAUUCUCAAACGGGAGACGAACACUACCGAAGACGAUAUCCGCCAAUUUUGCGACACCCACCAUAACGAUAGGCCUGGUUUGUUCACUGUACUGCCAAAAUUCUAUAUGUUUCUCGAUGCAUUUCCUGAGACUCGCACCGGAAAAACUUCGCGCAAAGAUUUGCAGGCAGUUGCUGAAGAGAAGUUUGGAAAUUAUGCAUAAUACGAUGAUUUAUAUAAAAAACUUUUCAUUCCAAUUCCUUUCAAUGAAGACAAUCGUUGCGAUGGAGCAUUGAUAUUGAUUCGAGAUUUAAUAUUGCCUUACAUGAACAGUCUGUGUAAGGAUACACGGUUGUUGGUUGUAAAUGGGCCCGACUUGUUAUACAUACAUACAUGUACAGUUAUUGUGUUGUGGAUCAACUGUGCAGAUAACAUCAAAUGGUAUGAACGUAAAUGAACAUACACGUUUAUUUACACAAUGAACUAAAUAGAUACUGUUUUGUAGAGUGAAAAAAACAUUAGUAAAAACCUGGACAGUCUUUAUGAAAAUUGACAUGCUGUACAUGCGUUUUGAUUUGACAUUUAAGAACAAAAUACUUAUUUCAUUAUAACUUUAUGAUUAAGGCAUACCUGUACAUAUAUAUUAAUUAUUCGAGAAACAAAUAAUUGGACAUAUCAUCUAAAAUGUAGUUAACCUGCAAUUCGACCGAAACUAAGUUUUGUUUAUUAAUAUAAUCAGCGUUUAAAGGUCUAAAUCAAUUUCAUAUAUAAACAAGGUUAAUCAAUUGCUUAUGUGUAUACUGAUAUUACGAAAAUAUAUUGAAUGAUUUUAAGUCUUAUUAAACACUGCUUUGACAUAGAAAGUUGUUCCCACUGACCUUUGGAACCUCUCUGCGUUUCCUUGCAAACAUUAGCCUUGUAAUACAACUCGAGUUAAAUCCAGUAACAUCGGCCACUCGCCGUUACAAAUCGUGACGAAUA